AUGAGGCGGCCGUGCGCGCUGUUGGAGAUUAGAGAGAAGAUGGGGCUGCAAAUGGACAGGGAUCAUCUGGUGCGCCUGCUGGACGAGCUCGUCGCCCAGGGCCACCUGCGGUGCAAGAAGUACCCCUCGAACCAGAUAUACAUCUACAACUUCUCCGACCAGCAGGAACCGACGCCAAUAGGCGCCGCUAAGGUGAGGAAGCCGACCAAGGCCGCGCUCGAAAAGAAUGCGGCACAGCUGCGCGCGGCCAUCGAGAAGAUCACGAAGAAGCUACAGGAGACGCAACAGCUAUGCAACGAAUUGGCGGUUCUGCAGGAGCGGCAAAAGGCAGCACUGGACGAGUGGCACGUCCUCCUCAAGGCAGAGGGCGACCCAAGGGCGAUGGCGCGUGCGUGCGGCGGCGAAGUCCAGCGGAUGAUGGACGCGCAGGUAAAACGGAGGGCCGAGUUGGGACGGCUGCAGCGGCUGUACACCCACAUGGUCACAGCAGUGUCUGAGAUCGAGGGCGUACACCCCAGACAACUCUGCGAACGCCUGGGUAUCGAGAUGACACGCGUCCAGCUUAAGCACAACUGA